AUGGCAAUUGCGUUGGCAGAGGCAGAAAAGUAUGAGGUGUUGGAGAAGAUUGGUUGUGGUUCGUUUGGUAUCAUCCGCAAAGUGAGGAGGAAGGCAGAUGGCUUCAUCCUCUGUCGCAAGGAGAUCAACUACAUCAAGAUGUCCCAGAAAGAACGGGAACAGCUCACCGCCGAGUUCAACAUCCUCAGUUCCCUCCGUCACCCGAACAUCGUCGCCUACUACCACCGAGAACACUUGAAGGCAAGCCAGGACUUGUACUUGUACAUGGAAUACUGUGGCGGUGGGGAUCUCAGCAUGGUCAUCAAGAACCUGAAAAAGACAAACAAGUAUGCCGAAGAGGAGUUUGUCUGGCGUAUUCUGUCGCAGCUGGUAACGGCCCUUUACCGCUGCCACUAUGGUUCAGACCCGGUGGAAGUCGGAUCGAAUGUCCUGGGUCCCGUUCCCAAACCGUCAGGUCUGAAAGGCAAACAGGCGCAGAUGACCAUCCUGCAUCGUGACCUCAAGCCCGAGAACAUCUUCCUGGGCAGCGACAACUCGGUCAAGCUCGGUGACUUCGGGCUAUCCAAGCUGAUGAAUUCCCAUGACUUCGCAUCCACCUACGUGGGAACGCCCUUCUACAUGUCACCCGAGAUCUGCGCUGCAGAGAAGUACACCCUGCGCUCCGACAUCUGGGCCGUGGGCUGCAUCAUGUACGAGCUGUGCCAACGGGAGCCCCCUUUCAACGCCAAGACCCACAUCCAGCUGGUCCAGCGCAUUCGCGAAGGCAAGUUUGCGCCCCUGCCGGACUUUUACUCCCCGGAGCUGAAGAGCAUCAUCGCGAGCUGCCUGCGCGUCAACCCCGAUCACCGUCCCGACACGACCACCUUGAUCAACAUGCCGGUCAUCCGUCUGAUGCGCAAGGAGAAGGAGGUCGUUAGCCUGGCCAGGACGCUCAAGAGACGCGAGGAAAGCGCCCUGCAAAAGGCCCGGGACGUCGAGCAAGCGUAUGGCAGACUCGAGAAAGAAAAACAGCAGAUAAAGAACGACAUCGAGAACUCGGUGCGUCGGGAGUGGGAAGUCAAGGCGAGGUUGGAGAUUGACCGCCAGGUGCACAAUGAACUGGAAAAGCUGCGCAAGAGAUUUGAGCUCGAAGUUCAGGAGCGCGUCGCGCACGAGGUAGAGAAACAACGGAGAAACAGCAGCCACAGCAGCACCCGGGAAGACUCUGGUUUCCGGUCGAGUCGCCGAUCUCAGUCCUCCGUCAGCAAUAGCGACGACACGGAUUUCCCGUCCAGCACCGACGUGAGCCAACUGUCGGUGGAGUCGCCCACUUCGAACGUGAACAAGCGACCCAAGAAGGAAACGCGGACGCCCUUGAACCGUUCCAAGACGAUGGUCGAGUCUCCGGUUGAUGUCCAAAUGGCCGAGCCAUCCCCGAUCUCCAUCGCAUCGCUCUCUCUCUCCCCACGCCGUACGUCGGGGGCUCACACGGGAAAGAACAUCUUCGCCGAUGCGGAGCGACAUAAAACCAAGUGGGAGCCGACACUGGCGUACUCCGACGACGAAGAUGACAUCCCUGACCUGCCCUCGCCGACUCGCGCCAAGGUCAAGCCCGAUCCGUUCAAGGCCCCGGUCCGGCCUCUUCUGCGACAGAACACGGCGGCUUUCAUGCAGAAGCUCAGCACCCAACCUUCCCUCUUCCCCUCCAACCCGUCUCGGCUGCCACAGGCAGCAGGGCACAGUCAGCCAGAGCCCCUUCAGAGAGAGAGCAAAUCCAGGUCGCCCCACCGACGACUGUCGAAGAUCCCGUCAUCUGCGAACCUUGCCGCCGAUGCUGGAUCCCCGACUCGCAAAUCCGGCGGCUCGAAACAGCCACCCUCGAAAAACAACGGCGGUGGCGAAGAAAUGUUCAAGGCCGUGAUGCAGCGGAACAUGGGUGGCAGAACCCUGGUGGAGCUCGCUCAAGCGCGCGCCGGCGGACGUCCGAUGGACGAACUCAAACGGUGUGCCAGCGACUCCCGGGCCACCGCCUGUUCGAGCAUGAAGUCCGUGGACCGCGACCCUCCUGCGGUGUGGGAUCCCGAACGAGACGAGAUGCCCAGUCCUUUCCUCGCGCGUGGUCGCAAGGUCAUCCGCAACCUGAGGUAG